AUGGACGAAGCUGGGUGUCAUCACAGCAAAGAGACAGAGGACAGGCUUCUCAGUGUGUUGGUGGAAAACAUUCAGGUGCUUCAAACUGCCAGAUGCUACUGGGAAAAGGGAAUGGAGGGCAAGAGGAGCUGCACAGCAGAGGAAACACGUGCAGGUGAAGGAGGGCAAGGAGAGCCAGGGAGUGAGGAGAGGACGGUUAAUCCUGCCGGGAGCGAGAGGAAGGAUGUGGGGACGAGGGAAGGAGAAAGGAGCGCUGGAGGAAACGAGUGGAAGGAGAAAGAGUGCAAGCAGAGGAUCGUGGGAGUGCUGAGGGAGCUGAGUGUCGUUCAUGCAGACAAGGUGUCAGCUUGGAGAGGAGCACUGAGAGCAGCAGCCUGCAUGUUCAGCUUUUCUCCACCAGGGGGCGACAAUCAGCAGCUUCCCACUGUAACAGAUGUUUCAGAGCCUAAUGAUAAUCCUUUCUUGGACCCCUUCAGCCAUACAUUUCUAAGUAUUGUAGAAGACAUAGAGAUUAUUCUGAACACAUUAAAUGCUAUAAUUUCCAAACUGGACGUGGAAAUCAUCAGAUUAUGUGCAGAAGAGCAGCAAGACACCGCAGCACUUGAGGAAACCAGAGACUUUCCCAACUCGGUGACACCUGAGGACACCAGCCAUCACUCAGACUCCCAUGAUCCCCCUGGAUCCGACUCUGGGCACAGGCAGGGGGUUUACGAUGGAGGUGAUCCAGGCUGCAGAAAGCCAUCAGACGCUCACAAGCCACUGGACACUGAGAGAACAUCUGAUUCCAGUUUUGGCACUUCUGACUGCUGUGAUGGAACAGAGAUGGGGCCGGGAUUAGAGGUCGGAGAAGGGCAAGUGACUGAUAAUCAGUGUGCUUCCCCAGAGAGCCAGGCAAAUUUCAGAGAUGAGACAGAAGAGGAUAGAGAGGUCAAAAAAGCCAAGGGAGAAGAAGAGACAAAGACUCGGUGGGUCACAGUGGGGCUCGGAGGGCAGCUGGAGGACAGCCGAUCAGAUGAGCGUCACGUUUGCUACAUCAGAGCGCCUGCAGGCGUGGCCGAGGCCAUGAGGUGUGAGCUGGCCGACACCUUGAGCUCCCUGAUGGUGACCGGCCCGGAGGAGCUGGUCAGCAGGGUGAUCAGGGUCAGAGUUCAAGAGGGAACCAACCUCCAUUUCCCUGUGACUGUUGUGGUGCCUUUCCAGGCUCGUUACCGUGGCAACUACAGGGACGUUGUUGUCAAGGUGGUAGACAGAGAGAAGAGGGCGAGCUACAUCAUUCCUGUGACAACAGAGGGCACAUAUGGAGGGCAGAGGGGCUCAUUUGCAGAGGUGAGGGUGUACGCGCUUGGCCUGUUCGCAGUGGUUUCCUGUCUGAGGAGAGAGAGCUACACCGUUCCCAGGAGGGGCUCCUCACUCAAACUCCCCAUGGACCCUCGCAUCUGUCUGGACUACCUCCCAGGAUCCUUCACUGCUCCUGUUUUCGCCCAGGUCAUGAUCCAGCCCAUAGACACCAUGCUCCUGGCUGCUGCCAAGUCCAGGAAUGAUGCCUAUUACUCGGUUGUGUCCACCAGCCCGCUGCUCUACCUCGCCCAUCCCUCCUCCCAGCCCCUGCGCAGACCCCUCACAAUCACCCUGCCCUGUCCCCCAAAUCCUGAAACCAAAAGGACAGGACCACCUGAGGAGUCGGAGCACCACAACGUCUGGCCAAUCAGUUCUGCUUCACUGUGGGAUCAACCCACGUUGCACAGAGUACGGAUGCUGAGAGCCUCUGUGAAGUCCUGCAAGGAGAUUUCCAAUGAGCUGCUGGUCCUGCUGGGCUCCCGGGACAAACAGUGGGACGUCCUGGACAAGGUCACUGUCAGGAACCUGCAGAACGGACUGGUGUCCUUUGAGCUGGCAGAGCACUUUGACAGGCUGCUGGUGGUGCGUCUCCUCUCCCCGGUGCAGCAUUGCCACCUCACCUCCCUGGCAGAGGAGCUGGAGGAGUCGGUGUGCUGCCACGCCGUCACCAUCGUACUCCAGCGCCGACGAGAGGAGCCCCACGCUGUCCUGGUGGCUGCCCUGCCCAGCAGAGACCUGAGCUGGGAACUGGCCAAGCUUCAGGCCCAGGGCUACAACGGCCUCCUGGAGACUUCAUCAGAGAUCUCCAUGUGUGAGGGAGACCAGCUGCUGCUCCGUUUCAGCGGCAACAUCACCUCCACAGGUAGGGAGGGGGACAAGGUAUGGAGCCAUCAGAGCAGCCUGCAACUAAAGGUACUUCCAAACAACCAAAACGGUGCCACAUGCGAGCGAAUCACCUUCCACAGUCAGCGGAGGAACCAGCUCCUUCUGCGUCUGACUGAGGUGGACUCCUUUGGGAACUACAGCUCCCCUCAUUACAAAGGCACGGCCGUGUUUUAUAAGGUCGCCAGAGGUUGUUUGGAAUGGCAAAGUGACAGCUCCCUCCCACUGGACACGACGCUCCUGGGAGAUCCCAUCUGUAAACUGUCCCUGACUUUGCCCAAGAAAGUGCGAACCAUCAAUCGGCCUGUCAGAGCAAGGGUGAAGCUAUGUGAGGAGACAGAGUCCCUGUCAGACUCUCUGUUGCUCUGGCUGUCUGGGGAGCUCUCAGAGGAGGAAAUAGCCCUGCUGGUUCUCUCCCUGCGUCUUCGUCGAAGCACCACUCAGCUGGCGAAGCUGCGUGCCGGCACCAGCCUAUCUAACCAGGCCUUUCACCUCUUGGCCCUGUGGAGGAGGGGACUGCCCGCUGCCCCCCAGCCAGCCAAGGCCUCCCAAUUGGCCCACUGCUUGGCUAAGAGCGGUAGGCCGGACCUGGCCCGGGAGCUGCUGCUGCGACAAGCUGCGGCCACCAGAGAAGGCUCAAAUGGGCUGAAAUAA